AUGGAGGAAUCGGUUCCGCCUCCGCAGGUUGUUGAUCUCAAUCCUCCAUCCGCUGAUCUUCAUCCUCACGUCUCUUGCUCGUCUUCUCGCAAAGAAUCUUUUACAAUGUUCGCUCCAGGCCAAGAACAGCUCUCCCGUGAGGACAUCAAGGCUGGUGAGGCCCAGGCUAACCAGACCAUCCGCAUGGCUGUCACUGGCGGUGUCCUCCUCUACCUCUCCCCCUUCGCCCUCGACUUCGUCAAGAAGUUUUUGUAAUCGCGCACACGCCUUCGAUCUUCCAGCCGCUUCGAUGACUCCAGCUCCCACUACUACCGGAUUGAAGGACAUGGUAUUGAAACCAAGGCCGGGAUGGACACGAAACUGUUAUGUACACUAGAUCCGUUGAAGGAACCAUCAACUUAGAAGAAAUCUUUUGGGUG